AUGUCUCUAACACAGCUCAUGUACCUGGAAUGUAUCUGUGGCUACGAAUCUUUCACUUUUGUUUCUCAUAGUGACUGCUUCAUCCACCUUUCCAACCCAAACAUAGCAACAAUGAAAGAAGACGUUCUGUACCAUUUCAACCUCAGCACCAGCACGCACGACUUCCCUGCUAUGUUCGGAGAUGUGAAGUUUGUGUGUGUUGGUGGAAGCUCUUCCCGGAUGAGCACUUUCAUCAAGUAUGUGGCUGCAGAGCUGCACCUUGACCAUCCAGGCAAAGAAUACCCUAACAUCUGUGCAGGCACUGACCGCUAUACCAUGUAUAAAGCUGGACCCGUGCUGGCCGUCAGUCAUGGCAUGGGCAUUCCUUCCAUCGGCAUCAUGCUGCACGAGCUCAUCAAGAUGCUGUACCAUGCUAGGUGCUCCAACAUCACCAUCAUCCGCAUUGGUACUUCAGGCGGGAUAGGUCUGGAGCCUGGCUCUGUAGUCAUCACCCAGCAGGCGGUGGAUGAGCGCUUCAAGCCAGAGUUUGAGCAGACUGUCCUGGGAAAGCGGGUGGUUCGCAGCACCAACCUGGACACACAGCUGGUGCAGGAGUUGAUGACGUGCUCUGCGGACCUGAAUGAAUUCCCCACCGUUGUGGGCAACACCAUGUGCACCUUGGACUUCUACGAGGGACAAGGCCGUCUGGAUGGUGCCAUCUGCUCCUACACAGAGAAGGACAAACAGGCCUAUCUGCGCGCAGCCCAUGCGGCAGGCGUCCGGAAUAUCGAGAUGGAAUCGUCAGUGUUUGCUACCAUGUGCAGUGCCUGUGGCCUGAGAGCGGCUGUGGUGUGUGUCACCCUCCUGGACCGACUGCAAGGGGACCAGAUUAACACUCCCCACGAUGUGCUGGUUGAAUACCAGCAGAGGCCUCAGCGGCUGGUGGGCCACUACAUCAAGAAGAGCCUGGGGAACUCUUGAGCCCUGCGCCUUCCUAAUUAGGACAAGCCUGCAACUCCUGGUCAAUAAAUCUAUUUUUCAUAGCUCACCGUGUGGUUUUGGAGUG